UCCCAGCAUCCCUCAAUAUGAACCUCUCGAAGCUCUGAACCAUCCCUCGAAAUAGGGGAGGUCAUCACCAGAGAUUCUCUGACAAUGCCUCGAGACGGGGGAUCAUCCGCGGCCCCGCAAUUCCCAAAUCUCAACCAAAGUACCCCACCAACGAGGGGAUGGAAACUUUUUGCCUUUGAAACGAGUCCAAAACACCAGAAAGCAACUUGAUACAGCAGAUAUGUGGCGCCCUCAAAUCGCAAGGACACCGUCCACCAACGUAGGCGCGGGAAGCGCAGAGAGGAUGCUGGAGGGCAAGGUUGGAAUUGUGACUGGUGCUCCAAGAGGUAUCGGCAUUGCAAUCUGUCACAACCUCGCCAGCAAAGGCUGCUCCCUCGUCCUGAACUACAUAUCCGACUCAUCCGCCGCGCCAGCUGAUGAACUUGCUUCACAACUCCAGAGGGAAUACGGUGUCAAGGCCGUACCAGUACAAGCAGAUCUGGGAUCGGAGAAAGGCCCGGAGUACCUGAUCUCAAUGGCCAAGAGCUCCUUCCAGCACCCAAAGACGCAGAAGUUCCAGCUGGACAUCAUCAUCAACAAUGCCGGCGUGGCACACAACAACAAGAUAGACGAGGUGAAUGCGGAGGAUUUUGCGUGGCAGUACAACAUCAACGUCCGUGGACCGCUUUUCUUGAUGAAAGCCGCGUUGCCAUACCUUCCCCACGACCGGUCAGGCCGAAUUGUGAACCUCUCCAGCGUUAGUGCAAGCUGUGGCUUCAUUGCGCAGUCUGUAUAUGGUGGAACGAAGGCAGCGUUGGAGGCAAUGACGCGAACGUGGGCACGAGAGCUUGCAGAGCGAGCAAUUGUCAAUGCCGUCAAUCCUGGGCCCGUCGGGACGGACAUGUACUGGAACAACAAGCCAGAAUUCUUCGAUCAGAUAAGGCCAUUCCUGCAGAACACACCACUGGCAGCACCGAGAGACGGAAUAGAUUCGAAGGAGCUUGUUGAGGCUUCGAAGAAAGCUGGUGGCAGACCAGCGUAUGAGGAGGAGAUUGCGGGUGUAGUUGCGAUGUUAUGCUCGCCAGAUGCAGCAUGGAGCACCGGCAACGUGGUGUGCGCGAACGGAGGGUUCAGGUUCAGUGUUUAGCGAUAUGUGACCUGAGAGACUCAAAUGUAACCUUAAUAGCUAAUGCAAGAUACCACUAAAGAUCAAGUAUUUGGGAAUACUCCGUCCAUUCAUUUUAGGCCGUAGUAACUUGAUAAUCUCUUUACCGAUCCGGU